UGAACUAAAACCGAUCCGAUAUGGUAAAGAAAUAGACACUGUUCAACUUGCGAAGAAAUAAGAAUGUCUUCCAUAGAUGGUUUUCUCCCCAUCCAGCUAUUCCUUGCCUGAUAGGGCAGAGUGAACGAGCAUGACAAAGAACUAUUUAUUGGAGUGUCUUCUGCUAUUCCACGUGAACUUCGACUGGCGGACCCAAGCAGUAACAGUGUUGAAUAGCAACCGAACGGUGCAAACUUUCCGUAGCAGUAAUGGAGAGCCAAACAACGUCGCCUGUCACCGCGGGAGUCACAACUGUUCCGGCAGUUGGACCGUCCGGAACGGUCAGCUCGAUACUGAAAAAAUCGGCUACGAAUGUGAGUGCAGGACCUGCACAGAAAACGGGACGAUUUUUCGGUUCCGCGUUCAACAUCACCAACCGCUACCGGGCCAACAGCAGCAACUUGGGUAAGGUCAGUUUGGCCAUCACAAAUCUGAAGGUCAUCAAUAACGAACCACUUCCGCCACCGAUCUGUGCCAUGGUGUCAUCCGAUACGCCUCCACUGCUGAAGUACCAGAACUCGUAUCAUCUGGAAUCGAGAAAUCCGUUCAACCGGGAGGCAUGUGAGGUCAUUCUGCGAGAGUCGCUGGAUAAAUCGCUGCAGGGCGUCGAGUACAGUUCGUACUUCGCACCAUCGUUGUGUCAGCAGAUCUGCGAGGAUGUGAAGACUAAGGUUAAGGAGCUGAAUUUUGAUCGAUACAAAAUCGUCGUAACCGUCACGAUGGGAGAGCGAUACAUGCAAGGACUGAAGUUGAUCGCUCAGUUUCUAUGGGAUCAGGAAAAGGACAACUAUGUGUCCUGCAUAUACGAUUCUUCACCAAGCCUAUUUGCGGUUGCAACAAUCUACGCCAUCUACUUCGAGUGAAAUUUUAUCAUCCUGUUAAAAAGCCUUCUAGUUCGUUGUAGUUCUUAAAUGAAUUUAAAAAAUGAUCAAUUUGCUCACUACUGCUAUUAAAAUCGUUAAUAAUGCUAAUACUACUUUGUUCUCGUUUAAGAUAUUAGAAAUCACCAUGUUUUUUGAUAGCUUACUU